CAAAUUAACGCCAACACCUGUUCGGCAAGAUUUCUCCGUCCAUUCAUAUUCAUAUCUUCACAACUUAACCCUAAUCUCACAUCGGAAUUGAAAUUCCUUUUCAAUCAAGAAGAGAUAAUCAGGAAAAUGUUGAAGCACGCUACUAAGAGGAUUCUAGGGUUGGGAUUAUCUGAGACACGGUCGUCUGCACCGGCGGUUACUCGGAUUCUGCCGAGGUUUUACCAUGAGAGGGUCGUGGACCAUUACAAUAAUCCCCGCAACGUCGGAGCUUUUGACAAGAACGAUCCCACAGUUGGCACAGGGCUUGUGGGUGCGCCGGCUUGCGGAGAUGUUAUGAAGCUUCAGAUUAAGGUUGAUGAAGAGACUGGAAAGAUUACGGAUGCUUGCUUUAAGACGUUUGGUUGUGGCUCUGCCAUCGCGUCGUCUUCUGUUGCUACUGAAUGGGUCAAAGGAAAACAGAUGGAAGAGGUGCUGACCAUCAAGAACACAGAAAUUGCAAAACACCUGUCUCUUCCUCCUGUGAAACUCCACUGCAGCAUGCUUGCAGAGGAUGCCAUCAAGGCAGCAGUGAAAGAUUACGAGACUAAACGUGGUAAAUCGGUUGAAACUGCUUCUUCCACGACUGUCAAGGCUUAAUCUUUUCGUUCCCUUUUUACUUCUUCUUAGUGUGAUACGGAGGAGAUAUAUGUAUGUAAGGUAAACGAAAUGGAAGACGAAGCUUCAACCGUUAAUUUUCUGUAGAUGAGAUUGUGGAUAUCUGAAUAAGGAAAAGGAUUAUGUUUGUUAUUCUUAUCUGGUGAUUGUUGUUGUAUCAAUUACAUAAACCAUAUAAUUUUAUUAUAUAUUUCCACCU